AUGCGCCUCAACCCAUCUAGUGUCCUCGGCGUUCAAUGCCUAGCCCUGCACCCCUUCAACCUCUCCGACGGCACCCACAUCCCCACGGGCACCAUCCUACAAGCAAACCUCUACGGCAUCUAUCACGCCGCCAUCUACCCAGACCCCGAAUCCUUCGAUCCACUACGCUUUUGUAAGCAGCGGAGAGCAGCGUCCGCCAGCGAGCAAACCAAGUACUUGUUUACGACGUCGAAUAAGGACUCGCUUGGGUGGGGGUAUGGAAAGCAUGCGUGCCCGGGCCUCGUAGACGAGCAAGCGGGAAGGCCGGGAAAUUGGCAGUUUGGGGCGCACAUUAUGCCGGAUCCGACGAAGGAGAUUUUGCUGAAGGAAAUUUGACGGAGACUCUAGGGAGGUGGAGAGAACACGAAUGUCUUCUUGAAUACUUGAUUGAAUCAGGGGUGUGAUCCAAAGGCUGGAGUGCCUCUUCCGUGAGCUCUUCGUAGCCGGAGCUAUUCGAUGAAUCGGGGAUAGCUCUGGGGGCGGAGUGUAUCUUGCUUUAAGCUAUUUUGGUAGAGUUAUUUAGAACGAAAAUGGAAAGACUUACCUGUUCUUGAGUUGACUUCCU